UUAACAUAUCCAAGUUUGUGCGUGAAAAAAAAAAGAAAGUAAAAGUCGUGUUGAAAAAUAAACACCGGAAACACCCUGUCUAAGCUAAGACAAUAGACAACAAACAGAAAGCAGUAGUCUCUUCUUCCAAAAAGCGUCAACCGGCAACAGCAGUUCUAAACUAACCAAUGCUCACAAUUUUCCAUAUCUUUCUUUAAUUCAAUUUAUUUCAAUUGAAAUCAAAUAAAAUCUUCAGAAAUACCCAAUUCUCUCUCUCUUUCGCUGUCCUCCCACUGAAAUGGGGUUGCCAAUUCAUCCAGUUGCAGGUGGAGGAGCAGCAUGCAUGGAUACUUUGAGCUCAAAAGCAGCUUCAAUGCGGGAAUCACUUCAAAAGAGUCAAACUAUUACUGAUAAUAUCGUUUCAAUUUUGGGUUCUUUCGACCACCGCCUCUCCGCCCUCGAAACCGCCAUGCGUCCGACCCAGAUUCGGACACAUUCGAUUCGGAGAGCUACUGAAAAUAUUGACCGGACAUUGAAGUCUGCUGAAGUGAUCUUGACCCAGUUUGACCUUAGUCGCCAGGCUGAGGCCAAAGUACUUAAAGGGCCACAUGAAGAUUUGGAAAGCUAUUUGGAAGCAAUCGAUCAGCUUAGAAGUAUCAUUCAGUUUUUUGGUAAUUGCAAAGGGUUUAGGAAUAAUGAGGGGGUGGCCAAUCAUGUAAACAGUUUACUAGGCAAGGCAGUUCUUAAGCUGGAGGAGGAAUUCAAACAACUGCUAUCGUUGUACAGUAAGCCUGUUGAACCAGAUCGCCUUUUUGAAUGCCUCCCUAACUCAAUGCGACCUUCCUCUGGUUCACAUGGAGAUCAGGCUGAUUCCGGUGCCAAAAGUCAUGGUGAUUCUAAAACCUCAGAGAAUGCUGUCUACACACCGCCUGCUCUUAUACCACCUCGAAUACUUCCUUUGCUGCAUAAUUUAGCUCAGCAAAUGGUUCAGGCAGGGCAUCAUCAGCAAGUACUCAAAAUUUACAGGGAUACCCGUGCUUCAGUCUUAGAACAAAGCCUGCGCAAAUUGGGCGUGGAAAAGCUUAGCAAAGAAGAUGUUCAGAAAAUGCAGUGGGAGGUUUUGGAGGCUAAGAUUGGGAAUUGGAUCCAUUUCAUGCGAAUUGCUGUUAAACUUCUUUUCGCUGGUGAAAGAAAAGUUUGUGAUCAGAUGUUUGAAGGCAUUGAGUCCCUGAGGGAUCAAUGUUUUGCUGAUGUUACGGCAAGCAGUGUUGAACUAUUACUUAGUUUUGGAGAUGCUAUAGCCAAGAGCAAGAGGUCCCCAGAAAAAUUGUUUGUGCUGCUUGACAUGUAUGAAAUAAUGCGAGAAUUGCAUUCCGAGAUUGAUAUGCUUUUCAAUGGUAAAACUUGCGCAGAAAUGAGAGAAGAUGCUUUUGGCCUGACAAAGCGUCUCGCACAGACUGCCCAAGAAACUUUUGGUGAUUUUGAAGAAGCUGUUGAGAAAGACGCAACAAAAACUGCAGUUUCUGAUGGAACUGUUCACCCGCUGACAAGCUAUGUGAUCAAUUAUGUGAAAUUUUUGUUCGACUACCAGUCAACGCUGAAGCAACUCUUCCAGGAGUUUGAGAAGGCAGAAGAUGCAAACUCUCAACUUGCCAGCGUAACUAUGCGGAUAAUGCAGGCUCUUCAAACCAAUCUUGACGGAAAGUCCAAACAAUAUAGAGAUCCUGCUUUAACUCACUUGUUUCUAAUGAAUAAUAUUCACUAUAUUGUACGAUCUGUCCGCAGAUCGGAGGCGAAAGAUCUAUUGGGUGAUGAUUGGGUGCAAAGGCAUAGAAGAGUUGUUCAACAACAUGCAAAUCAAUACAAAAGGAUUGCAUGGGCAAAGAUUCUGCAAUCUCUCUCAACGCAGGGAUUGACCUCUUCUGGGGGAGGGACUGGAAUUCCAUCUGAUGGAGGAAAUAGUAGUGGAGUAUCAAGAGCAUUAAUCAAGGACAGGCUAAAAACAUUCAAUGUGCAAUUUGAGGAGCUUCAUCAAAGACAGUCUCAAUGGACAGUGCCUGACACAGAGUUGCGUGAAUCCCUGAGACUUGCAGUUGCUGAAGUGUUGCUCCCUGCAUAUCGAUCCUUCGUCAAACGUUUUGGGCCUUUGGUUGAGAGCGGUAAGAAUCCUUCGAAAUACAUCAGAUACACACCAGAAGAUUUGGAAAGAAUGCUGGGAGAGUUCUUUGAGGGUAAGACUUUAAAUGAGCCAAAGAGAUAAGAGUCAUGAUGUAAACAGAUCUCUAUGUUAGUGGGUUUUCGGCUUCUUUGUAAAGUUGUGAAGAAGGAACAGCAGAUCAUACAACUUCAAAUGUGUAUAAACCUUAUUGAGAUGUUGAACUAAUGUAUAUUUUCUCUUGUUGUCCAACUUACCAAAGACCAAUACAGUGGUGGAUCUGGUGGGUUCAGUUGUACUCUCGGAAACUUUUUUAUAUUAAAAGAUUCUUAAACAAAUCAACAAUUUUAUUA